AUGCCUCAUCAACUUGAUUCUGCAAUUCUUUAUCCUAAUCCAGAAGAAACUUAUUAUAAGAGCUGUGGAAAUAUGUUCAACUGUGGUGAUAUCAGUGAUGUGGGAUACCCUUUUGGCAGCUACAAUGAUCUUCCGUACUGUGGUCAUCCUGGUUUUGAGCUCUCCUGCAAUCAGCGGAACACAACCAUUGAUAUCAUGAACCAGACAUAUCGUGUCUUGAAAAUCAAUCAGGCUUCGAAAACAAUGAAGAUAGUCAGAGAAGAUAUCAUGGAAGGAAAUUGCACCCAAAAAUUUGUUAACACCACCCUGGAUAACUCGCUGUUUGAAUAUACUACCACCUACGUAAACCUCACCUUUCUAUAUGGUUGCGAUGGAGGAAUUAAUAAUAUUCCAGGGAUAGGCACUAUUCCUUGUGGGGAUAGCAAUGAUGCUUAUGUAUUGCCACUAGGAGCUGGGGUUUCUGAAAAUUGUAGCAGUAGCGUGAUGGUUCCAGUGCCAGUAGUUGGGGCUGGAUAUGGAGGGUUUGUUAUUGAUUCGACGCUUUUAAUGAAAACACUUAAAGAGGGGCAGGAGAUUAGAUGGAAGAUGGAUAGUAAGGCAUGUGAUGAUUGCACUAAAUCUAAGGGAAGGUGUGGAUUUAACAAGGUCACCAAUCAAACUACUUGUUAUUGUCCCAGCCCGCCUUAUAUAUCUGAUACUUGUUCAGUUUCUACUCCAGAAUCUAGGAAAGGGCUUAGCACUGGUGUGAAAGUUGCUCUAGGUAAAGUAAUUACCUUUCCCAUCACAUAA